AUGGCGGAAAUGGUGGUGUCUUUAGCUGUUGACCAACUACUUCCAUUGUUGAGGGAAGAAGCCAAUUUAUUGAGGGGUAUUCACAAGGAGUUUGCAGACAUUAAAGAUGAACUGGAAAGUAUUCAAGCAUUCCUUAAGGAUGCUGAUAAAAGAGCCGCAACAGCUGAAGGAGACAACACUAGUGAAGGAGUCAAAACUUGGGUGAAGCAGGUUAGGGAAGCAGCUUUUCGCAUUGAAGAUAUCAUUGAUGAUUAUAUGAUCCAGGUGGGACAGCAGCCCCCUCAUCCUGGCUGUGCAGCUUUGAUCCAUAAGCUCAAAAGUAUGAUCCCCCGCCGUCGAAUAGCGUCUGAGAUUCAAGACGUUAAGUCAUAUAUUUGCGGGAUAACGAAAAGAAGUGAAAAAUAUGGCUUCCAACGUUCUUUAGAACAAAGAUCAAGCAGUUCUAGAGAAAGCCGAAAUUCCAAAUGGCACGACCCUCGAGUGGCUGCUCUUUACAUUGAAGAAUCUGAAGUUGUGGGCUUUGAAGUGCCAAGGAAAAGAUUGACUGAUUGGAUGGUAAAGGGAAGGGAAGAGCGGACUGUAGUUUCUGUGGUAGGAAUGGGGGGCAAGGAAAAACCACUCUUGCCAAGAAAGUUUUUGACAGCAAGGAUGUCGUCAGACACUUCGAUUGUCGUGUGUGGAUCACAGUCUCUCAAUCAUAUAAUGUUGAAGACUUGCUGA